CAAAAGAAGAAUUUUCACCAAUUAACCUAUUUUUGUACUCGAAAAGGGAAUUUUGUACACAAUGCUAUAAAAGUGUUUUGUACACGCAAAAAUGGCCAAGAUUAUGAACUUUGACCUAUUACGAACUGAAUUUAAGGAAAUACUCACCGAAGCUUUUGCAGCAAACAAGAUCGAAUUGUUGGAAAAUAAAGUAAAGCUGUAUAAAAAUACAGAUUCGGAUAUUAAAAGUCCCCUCGAUCAAGCUUUUCGAGACCUGCUCCUUGAGUUGCUGACAAAAGAGGUUAAUGUAACAACCCUAAAGACUUACAUCGAUUUCUCCAUCGAAUCAUGUCGGAGACAUUUGGACACGUCCACGUUACCUGUCGUACUGCUUGGAGACAUUUUUGAUAUUUUAACGUUAGAUAUGUGCCAGCAAAUGUUUACUUUUGUGGAGGAAAAUGUCCAAGUUUGGAAAGAAGAGCUGUUUUUUACUGGUUGCAAGAAUAAUCUGUUGAGGUUAUGCAAUGAUUUAUUAAGGAGAUUAUCUCGAACCACCGCCACAGUAUUUUGCGGCAAGAUACUUUUGUUUUUGGCCAAAUUUUUUCCUUUCUCUGAAAGAUCUGGCUUAAAUAUAGUAAGUGAAUUCAACUUGGAAAAUAUAACUGAAUAUGGUACAGACUCUACAGAAGACACAGUGACGGAGAUCAAGUCAGGUGAUACGAAACAUGUCAUAGACUUUUCUUUUUAUUGUAAAUUCUGGCAACUGCAGGAUUUCUUCAGAAAUCCAAAUCAGUGCUAUGAUAAAGUACAGUGGAAAGUGUUUUGUUCUCAUUCCAUGAGCAUACUGAACACUUUUCAUGGCAUUAAACUUGAUUAUAUAACCUCGGGCCAAAAUUCCAAUGUCGGAUAUUUUGCAAAGUACCUAACCAGCCAAAAGUUGCUGGAUCUUCAGCUACACGAUGUCAGUUUUCGGCGAUCCGUGCUUCUCCAGUUCCUAAUUGUGUUUCAAUACUUGCCAUCUUCAGUGAAAUUCAAGUCUGACAGUUACGAAUUGAAAACGGACCAGAAAGAGUGGAUUCAAAGCGCCACCGAAAAGGUGUAUAACCUGUUAAAAGAAACACCGCCGGAUGGAGAAAGAUUUGCUGAAAUUAUAAAAAAUAUCCUAAAGAGGGAGGAGUUGUGGAACGUGUGGAAAAACGACGGUUGCCCCGAAAUAAAAAAAUUUCUACCCCAAAACGAUUCCGAUUUAAAGGUAAGGAGCGAUAAGGCUCACCUACUGGGCGAUAUUAUUCAGCAGUCAAAAGAACAGGGAAAGUUUUACAUGGGCAGUGGUGAAUUAACCAAACUGUGGAACUAUUGUCCCAACAAUCUCGAAGCGUGUAAAGGCAAAGAAAGGGACUUUUUGCCUUCUCUGGAGGAUUUUUUUGCGGAAGCGGUCGCCCAAAUGGAGUCGCAAACUCCGAUCCGAGACGAAGACAAUCUGCUCAAGGACAGCAACUUCGAUUGGAGAGCUUUGCGACUGUUGGCCAGGCGAAGCCCAUAUUUUUUUUCAAUUAAUUUACAGAAUAAUCCGCUUCCGAAAUAUUUAGAGAUGAUGGUGAACAAAAUCGCUCACGAAAAACCGGAUAAAAAUGUUGACGAAAAUAGUCAAGAGGCUCGCGAAAACGAACAAGAAAUGGAGGAGAAUAUAAAUUUAACGGAAAAUGCGGCGGAAGACUUGAAGCAAGACGCUAGCGAGGACUUUGUGGAUGACAAUAAUCCGAGACGGGAGAAUAAGCAUAUCAGCGAAGAACGGCUGGAGGUUAUAAUCGAGAAAAUUGCUCCCGAGUGGGAAAAAUUAGCUGUCAAAUUAGGUUAUAAAGAAGAUGAAAUUGACUGGUUCAAGAAUGCCAAUCCUACGAGGAUAGACCAAGCGAAAAAUAUAAUACAUCUGUGGUUCGAAGACGACGAAGACGCCAACCUCGACAAUCUUUUAUAUAUCUUGGAGGGUUUGGAUAUGCAGGAGGCGGCCGAAGCCGUUAAAAGUGAAAUAAGCAAUUCCGCAGACGCUAUUUGAAAGACUUUUCUAUUAUUGUAACACUAAAAAAUACAGUUUACACGAAAUUUUGAUUAUUUUUAACUUACCAACCUCUCUUUCUCAAUAUCCGGCGUGUGUGUAUGACAGGUAUACUCUAUAGUUUUUAUAGUUAUU